CGCCUCACGCUCCAGACCCGCCCCCCACGCUCCAGGUCCCGCCCUCGCCCCAGAGUUUCCGGGUCUCGGCACCUGGAGCCCCGCCUCUCAUAUUUAGGCCCCGCCCCUGACAGCGGUCUCCCCGCCCGCCCGUCUGUUAGCCCCGCCCCUCAAGCACUAAGCUCCGCCCCCAGCCCUACCCUCCAGUUUGCCGCGCUCGGAGCCCCGCCCUUUAGGCUCGCGGGAGGGCAGGUCCGCAGUGGGCCCGCCCACACUUUUGAGGCCCCGCCCCGAGGCUCCUUUAAGAGGCAGGGUGCCGAGGGCCACUCGCUGGCGACGUUUCGGUUCCUAGGGUCCUUCAGUGACGAGCAGGUGGAGGGUCACCCCCUACUGAGCGUGGACUCGCAAUGGCCAGCCUACCGGCUGUGAGACUGGGCGUUGCCCCCCACGACACCAUGGAAAAGUACCAGAUCUUGCAGGAGCUGAGUCCUGGUGCUUUGGGGGUGAACGUGGUGGUGGAGGAAGUGAAAACCAAAGUCAAGCACGUGAUAAAGCAGGUGCAGUGUAUUGACCAUCAUCACGCCAGCCAGGCCCUGGAGGAGCUAAUGCCGCUGCUGCAGCUCCAGCACCCCCACAUCUCCGUGUAUGAAGAGCUCUUCCAGAUGUGGGACAGCGAGGCCUCCUCCAUGUUCCUCUGCCUGGUGAUGGAGUACAACCCGGAAAGCUUCCAGGAUGUCAUUGAGGCGAAGAGGAAGGAGAAGGCUGUCAUCGACUCUGAGUGGCUGCAGACCAUGCUGGUCCAGGUGCUGGACGCGUUAGAGUACCUGCACCACCUGGACAUCCUGCACAGGAACCUCAAGCCCUCAAACAUCGCCCUCGUCAGGCGGAACCACUGCAAGCUGCAGGACCUGAGCUGCCAGGCACUGAUGACCCACCGAGCCAAGUGGAAUGUCCGUGCGGAGGAAGACCCCUGUAAGAAGUCCUGGAUGGCCCCCGAAGCCCUCAACUUCUCCUUCAGCAAGAAGUCGGACAUCUGGUCCCUGGGCUGCAUCAUCCUCGACUUGGCCAGCUGCUCCUUCUUCACCGGAGUAGAAGCCAUGCACCUGCGGAAGUCGCUCCGCCAGCAGCCAGGCGGCCUUCGGUCCGUGCUGGAGACCAUGGCGGAGAGGGAGGUCCCCCUGGCGGACACCUUCUUGAUCCUCCUGCCUGAGAUGCUGCAGGUCAACCCCACAGAACGGAUAACGAUCAAGGACGUGAUCCGCAUCACCUUUGGGAGAGGCUCGCUCAAGUCCUCGAGCAGCGCGCUGACCCUGCAUGGGCCGGGGAUACCCGAGGAGGUCGCCAGCAUGCUGCUGGAAGGCAACAUGGCCAGCAUUCUAGAAGUCAUGCAGACGUUCUCCAGCCACCCUGAGGUGCAGCUCAGAGCCAUGAAGAGGCUCAUGUCCAUGCCUGAGGACCAGCUCGGGCUGCCGUGGCCCAGCGAGCUGGUGGCAGUGGUGAUUGCUGUCAUGAAGCAGCAGGAGAGGAUCCUCGAGGUGCAGCUGUGCGCCUGCACCCUGCUACUGCACAUCCUGAGCAAAGCGCUGGUGCGGAACAUGGACACCAAGGUGUCCUGGGACAACUCCUUCAGCUCUGUGCUGCUCAGUGCCAUGCGGAGCCACCCUGACUCAACGCGGCUCAUCGUCAAGGCCUACAACCUGCUCACCAUGGUCUCUGGCCACGAGUCGGCUUCCGAGCUGCUGCAGAAGGCCGGGCUGUGUGAGCUCAUCUUGCAGCACCUGACCAUCUUCCUUCAGGACCGGGACAUCUGCCUCAGCGGCCUGGGCCUGCUCUGGGCCCUCCUGGUGGACGCCAUCAUCAUGAAAAAAGACACCUUGGAGAAGUUCCCAGCCCUGAUUAUCCAGGUUUUAGCCGCACAUCCCGAGGAUGUGGACAUGGCCGAAGCCGGCUGCGCGGUACUCUGGCUGCUGUCCUUGCUGGGCUGCAUCCGGGAGGAGCAGUUGGAAGAGGUGGUGGUACUGCUCCUGCGAAGCAUCCGGCUGGGCCAGGGCAGGGUCCGGCUGGUGAAUAAUGCCUACCGGGGCCUGGCCAGCCUUGCAAAGGCCUCUGAGCUGGCAGCCUUCCGUGUGGCAGUGGUGGAGGAGGGCAGCAGCGGCCUCAGCCUGCUGCAGGAGACCUACCAUCUCUACAGUGAUGACCCCGAGGUGGUGGAGAACCUGUGCAUGCUGCUGGCCCACCUCGCCUCCUACAGUGAGGGCCCUGCACGGCACCCUUCCCUGUGGGCAGAGGAGAUCCUGCCGGAGCUGGAGUACAGUGGCAUUAGGGCCCUGGCCCAGGACAUCGAGGACCGCUUCCCCUCCAGCCUGGAGGUGGUUUCUUACGCAAGAAAAGUGCUCCUGAGCCUGGAGACAGUUGCAUGCCCCAGCCCUGGGGACGGGGAGCUGCCUGGUGUAGCCUGUGACCUCUCUGGGGACCUUCCUGCCCUACCCUGAGAUGCCAUCCCGUCCCGUCCCGUCCCGUCCCAUCCCAGGGUAGGCAUGGGCAGAAGGCUCACCUGCUGCCCUCAGUGACAGUAAAGAGGACCAAGGUGGCU